GCCAUUUCUUACUCCGACUCCAACUCCAACUCCAACUUCAACACCAUUAUUAGCCCCAAGACUUCCGGCGCGAAUGACGACUGCGAAUCUGGAUACACCAACGCCAUCUACCAAUAGCAUCCUUGACCUCACGAGACAAUAAUAAAUCUAGCAGACCCGUUAAGAGCAUCAUGGACGCCUCUGACACGCAGAGAACUCCUGAAGAUGCAUUCUCCUAUAUAUCGCCAAUCGGUGCGUACGGCAAUUAUGACCAUCUCCAGUUUUCCCGAUCCCCAACUGCGCCGAGAUGCCAUCCAACCCAACCAUUUGGACCCGUGCAGCAUCGAGACAUGGCCGUUGGCUGCCUGGUUCACAUGCGUUUUUGUGGGGAACCCACGCUGCACAACAACCGCCCGCACAACUGCACGCUACCAGACUUUUGGCGCUUUCUCGAGCGCCGCAAGCCUCGUUGCGACUCAACCUCGCGACAGUUCGUGUAAUGUUGGGGAUGCCGGGCAAGACGUAAUCUACGAUGCUGCAUGCCAUGCUUCAUUUACACCAGGCCCGCAUCUUUCUCUGUAUGACAUCAGCAGCUCGAACCCUGCCGCCUAUUGCGCAGCCUGUCGUCCUAAAUGCCUCUGUCUGCACAUCGUGAACUCACAUUCUCUAUGGUCACAAUGAACAUAGGCUGCAUCAAGUGAUCGGAUUGAGUAUCUUGCAUUCUCGACUUUGGCGCGGGGACGCGACCUAGUGGCGUGAUACCAAGUCUUUGGACCAAGUUCUAACUCUUCGGCAGGAUAUAGAAGGUCAUCUAGCUGCGGCUAUUGCCGCCGCACAGUUGGUACUGGUCAGUCCCAAAAACGGGUGCCAUCCGACCCUACUCUCAAUGCUUAGGAAUCCUU